AUGGUAACCGGAUCCGGGCCCUGGCCUGAGACGAAGGACCCGGCGGCGGCGAUAUACAAGAUGGCGUGUUUGACGAAGGACCCGAGAGAGAGGUGGACGGCGGCUCAGGUCCUCCAGCACCCGUUCUUUGAUUCCGUUGAGGAGGAGGAGGAGGAGAUUGUGUGUCGAGAAAUUAGGGAGUUAACAAGAAAAUAUCUAGUGGAUGGAUCAAGGGAUUUGGGAUCUGGAGGACUCGCAAUUUUUCUGAAACUCCAAUUAAAAUCGAAUCGUUCGUAUUCCCAGACGGGCCGGGUUCGGGAUUUGGUCGGAGGUGAUUUUCCGGCAAGCUUGGGGUUCGAUUCCUAG